AUGGAGCAGAACACCAUGCUUUUGAAGCCACUAAGUUGUUCCUUACUCAUUUUCUGUUACAUCCUUUUUUACAUGAACUCUGUUCCCACUUUUGGUUUCACAAAUGAGACAGAUAUGCAAGCUUUGCUAGCCAUCAGGAAUGGAAUACAGGAAGAUCCUUUCAAUGUCUUUAGCUCAUGGAAUAAUUCUCAUCAUUUCUGCAAAUGGCAAGGAGUAACUUGCAGUCAUAGGCAUCACCAGAGAGUGAGUGCUAUAAACCUUUCAUCACUUAAAUUAUCAGGUUCCUUGUCUCCUCACAUAGGAAACCUUACCUUCCUUCGAGUGAUCGACCUUGUGGACAACAACUUCCAUGGAGUGAUUCCACAAGCAGUUGGUCGAUUGUUCAGAAUUCGGUCACUUUAUCUUGGAAACAACUCUUUCAAGGGAGAAUUUCCUGUUAAUGUGACACAUUGUUCAGGCCUUAGAGUCAUCAAUUUAAUCAAGAACGAUCUCAGCGGGAAGGUUCCUAUUCAGCUCGGUUCUCUGCCCAAGCUUGAAUAUUUAGACCUAACUCAGAAUCACUUUAUUGCAACAAUCCCACCAGCACUUGGGAACCUCUCGGCUCUACGUUGGCUUUAUAUGUUAACCAACAAUUUACAAGGCCAAAUUCCAAUUGAACUCGGAAAGCUCUCAAACUUAGAAGUGCUUCAGUUGUCUGAUAACAAGCUGACUGGUACGAUUCCUUCUGCUCUUUUCAACAUUUCAAAAAUCCAUUAUCUAGCUCUAGCCUCAAAUCAAUUCCAUGGAAGCUUGCCCCCUAAUCUAGGCCUUGUUUUUCCAAAACUUGAAACAAUUUUGAUGGGAGCAAACUGGUUCUCUGGGACCAUUCCUGGCUCGCUGGGCAAUGCAUCAGGUCUCGUACAGAUUUCUUUUGCUGAAAAUUCUUUCACUGGGGGCAUACCACAGAACUUGGGUGAUCUUCAACAACUUGAAGUUUUACAAUUUGGGGGUAAUCCGCUUGCGGCUGAGAAAGCGAAUGACUUGCACUUUCUCACCUCCUUGACUAACUGCACCAAACUCAGGUGGUUGGUUCUGUAUAACAAUCAGCUUGGAGGUGUGUUGCCCACUUCGAUUGGUAAUCUCUCCACCAAGCUCGUAGGACUGAAUUUGGAUCAGAACUACAUAUCAGGAAGCAUACCUCCGGAAAUUGGGAGCAUUGUCACCUUGGAGGUGCUUACAUUAAAUGACAACUAUCUCACUGGCAACAUUCCCAAUUCCAUUGGAAAAUUUAUAAUGAUGCAAGAGAUCUAUCUGUCCAACAACAAAAUAUCGGGGAAGAUUCCAGCCACCUUCGGUAACAUGUCAAAACUUAGUAUUCUUUUGUCGAAUCAAAAUAUGCUAGAUGGAAAUAUACCUGUUUCUUUGGGUAAUUGUGUGAAUCUACAAGAACUGGAUCUUUCACAAAAUCGCCUUACCGGCAUGAUACCUAAACAAAUUGUUGGACUUCCUUCACUCACUCUAGGCCUCUCUGUAGCUCAGAAUUUCCUAGCAGGACCACUACCAUCAGAAGUGAGUUAUAUGAAAAAUAUUGGGCUAUUCGAUGUUUCAAGAAACCAACUAUCAGGAAACAUUCCAAGCACUCUUGGUGAUUGUCUACUCAACCUUUCCUAUAACAGGUUUGAGGGUGAAGUUCCUAGUGAAGGAGUGUUUAGCAAUAUCAGUGCAUUCUCAAUUACGGGAAAUAACAAGCUUUGUGGAGGAAAUAAAGCAUUGCAAUUGCCCGCAUGUCCCACAAAAAUUUUGAAGAAACAAAAAAAGCAUUUAUCCAAUAGAGUACUAAUUAUUGCAAUUAGUGUUCCUGUCUGCAUCAUUUUGCUGCUCGCAUGCAUUUGUGUGACUCUGUAUUGGAAAAAAAGGUUGAAAGUGAAAACAACUUCAACCUUGUCUCUUGGGAACCAGUACCCAAAUCUUUCUUAUGCAGAACUUCUUCAGGCAACUGAAGGAUUCUCCCCAAGAAAUUUGAUUGGCGAGGGAAGCUACGGUUCUGUGUACAAAGCGAUUCUCAAUUCUGAAACUAUAAGAGCAAUUGCAGUCAAGGUACUCAAUCUUCAAGUAAGGGGAGCCAGCAAGAGUUUCUUGGCAGAAUGUGAAGCAUUGAGGAACAUCCGACAUCGAAAUCUUGUUAAGAUAAUCACUGCUUGCUCAAGCAUAGACUUCAAAGGCAAUGAGUUCAAGGCUUUGGUCUUUGAAUACAUAUCCAAUGGGAGUCUUGAGAGCUGGCUACAUUCGUCAAGAUCAUCGAACAAUGAGGACUCCAGGAACUUGAACCUUGUUCAAAGGCUUAAUAUUGCAGUUGAUGUAGCCUCUGCAUUGGAUUAUCUUCACAACCACUGUGAAACACCUGUCAUUCACUGUGACUUGAAACCGAGCAAUGUUCUUCUUGAUGAUGAUCUCUCCGCCUGUGUAAGCGAUUUUGGUUUGGCAAGAAUUUGUCUGACCGAGACAAGUGCAUCCACUCAUACACACAGCAGUACUUCAAGUAGAAUUAGAGGAACAAUUGGAUAUAUGGCUCCAGAAUAUGCUGUAGGUGGGGAAGCAUCAAUAAAAGGUGAUGUGUAUAGUUAUGGAAUUGUUUUACUAGAGAUGUUUACGGGAAAAAGACCAACAGACAACAUGUUUACAGACAAUUUCAAUCUCCAUAACCAUGUUAAGAUGGCUGCUGCUGAGCAGGUGAUGGAGAUUGUUGAUCCCUCACUGAUAUCGGAAGGACCAACUGAAUCAAAUAGGACUACUGGAAGCAGCAGAGGCAAUGUUGUUAGGACACUGAAGUGCUUGGGAUGUAUCCUUCAAAUUGGAGUUAUGUGUUCUGCAGAUUUACCAAGUGAAAGAAUGAAUAUUGGUGAUGCUCUCAAUGAACUGCAAGUGAUUAGAGAUGUUUAUCUCGGAAAAAGAGAGAAGAAAUAAACAAGAUGACAAGAUCAUCAUUGUAGUUUUCUGUUGUGUCACUGUAUUCAUCUCAGUUAUGAGUAAAUUCUGAGAUACCUGAAUAACAUAAUUGUAUAAUUGUUUCUUGUUUGAUGCAGCUUAUUUAUGGAAACUUCCCGCUUAAAAUAAAAAUCAGUAAAUAAGUAGACAUUUUGUCUCUGGAUG